AUGUGGCCGUCUAUGCCAUGGCAUAUCCCUCUCUUACUGUACUCCAUCCUAGCUGCCCUACUCGUCUCGUUUGGCAAUGCAGCAGAACAAGAGCAACUGCGAGAAGCCGCCAGUGCAACCCCAAAGCGUGUGGCAAUAAUCGGCGCCGGAGCCGGAGGCUCGUUUGCUGCAUAUCAACUGCGCAAGCUGGCAGAUGAAGCCAACAUUCCUGUGGAAAUCACAGUCUAUGAGCGUGAAUCAUAUGUUGGCGGCCGCUCAACAACAGUCAAUGUAUUCGACGACCCAUCGUACCCCAUUGAACUGGGUGCUUCCAUUUUUGUCCAGAUCAAUUACAACCUGGUCAACGCUUCCCGUGAUCUCGGCCUGACGGUCAAUAGUGCUGACCAUGCACGGCCUAGGGAGACUGCUGAGAGUAUCGGGAUCUGGGAUGGGACCCAGUUCGUUUUCACGUUGACGAAUUCGUAUAGCUGGUGGAAUAUCGGCCGGCUCUUCUGGCGUUAUGGACUGGCGCCUCUGCGUACUCAGAAUCUGGUAAAGAGUGUCGUUGGCAGGUUUCUCCGCCUUUAUGAAGAGCCUUUAUUCCCUUUCAGCUCUCUUACUGAGGCAGCUAUUGCGGCUGACUUGAUCAAUGCUACUGCAUCUCCUGGCGAUGUGUUUCUCCGGGCAAAUGAAAUCAGCUCGCUGUUUGCGAAUGAGAUCAUCCAAGCAAGUACUCGAGUGAAUUAUGGACAGAACCUGCAGCUGAUUCAUGGCUUGGAAUCUGUCGUCUGUAUGGCUACGGAUGGAGCGGUUUCUAUCGAGGGUGGAAAUUGGCGCAUUUUCGAUGGCGCGCUGAGGGCCUCGGAGGUGAAUAUCAAAGUGAAUACCACCGCCACUGAGAUUUCACGCAACGAUGAUGGGACUGUACGGGUCUCCUCAAAGGUCAACACCGCUACCAGCUCCGAGCAUGAGCUAUUCGACGAAGUUGUCAUUGCCGGUCCUUUGCAGUACUCGGGUAUCUCCGUCUCCCCUCCCUUGGAAAACACUCCAGAUGAGAUUCCAUAUGUCAACUUGCACGUUACUCUCUUUGCAUCCCCUCACCGCAUCUCGCCGAAGUAUUUUGGUCUGAACGAUUCAAAUGCUCGAGCGCCCGAGACUAUUCUGACCACUCUACCCAAGGGCGUUGAUCUGGGUUCGAACCCAGAUGGUGUUGGCCUCACUGAAUUUUGGAGUAUUAGUACACUUCGAAGAGUAGAUCAUUCUGUUGCGGGUUCCAAAGACAAACAGCAACAUUAUGUUUACAAAAUCUUCUCGCCAGAGCGGCCCACGGCUGAAUUCAUUGCCCAGAUUCUGGGGCUGGAGAGUGAGAUUGCGGGGAGCAAUACGACCAUUGGAGACCUAUCGAUAGGCGAUAUCAGCUGGUUCCAUGAGAAGCUAUGGAACCCAUACCCUCUUCUGUAUCCGCGAGUGACCUUUGAGGAGACUCUUCUAGCUCCAGGUGUGUGGUACACAGGUGGCAUCGAGAGCUUCAUCUCGACAAUGGAGACUAGUGCGUUGAUGGGCCGGAACGUGGCAACUCUCAUGUUCCAGUCGUGGCAGAAGCAAGGAGAUCAGACAGACAGUGAUGCCUCGUCCUGGGACAGGGAGCUGUAA